AUGAGAAACAUGAAAGCAGACGUUGUCCUCAACAUCCCUGCUAAGAAAGUAUGGCAAAUAUAUAGGGAUAAUGAAAUAUUGAGCACAAUAAAUCCAGAUAUGCUUGCUAGUGCUGAAUAUAUUGAAGAUGAUGGCAACUCAGGAAGCCUCAGGCUUUUGAAGCUCGGUCCCGUUUUUAGCAAUUAUGUGAAAGAGUCUACCGAAAGGAUAGAGAUUGUCGAACAAGGACGGUCUGUCACCGACCGAGUCAUCGGAGGCGACCUGAUCAAGAUGUAUGAUCCAUACAGAGUUAUAUUUUCAUUCAUUCCUAUCAAAAGAAAAGAAAGUGAAAAGUGUAUUGCUCAUUGGAAAGCAGAAUUUGAGCCACUAACUCCAACGAUACCACCUCCUGAAGAAGCGAGAGAUGCAGCCCUCGGCUUCUUCCGGUGUUUCAAUAAAUUUCACCCUAGUUGCUAA